AUCAGCCAUCAUGGCACGAGCAUGACAAGCCUGGGCCUAAAAUGUAAACAAUACGACAUGUAAAUCAUAUCAGCGAGCACAUCGACGGGUGACGGAGAUGUACACGUUGCUGCACGGUCUAUAUAAGUACCUGGUGCAGAAGGACGAGUACUUCAUAUUAAUUUUGGGACUCGACAAUGCAGGGAAAACGACUUACUUGGAAGCGGCGAAGACGAAAUUCACGAAGAAUUAUAAGGGCAUGAAUCCAAGCAAGAUUACAACUACUGUAGGCCUGAAUAUCGGCAAGAUUGACAUCGCUGGGGUUUCCUUCAAUUUCUGGGAUCUCGGUGGCCAAGAAGAACUACAGUCUCUGUGGGACAAAUAUUACGCAGAGUCUCAUGCUGUGAUUUACAUCGUUGAUUCGUCCGAUCGUGAUAGAAUACCAGAUUCCAAAGAAACUUUUGGUAAAAUGCAUUCUUUAACAAUAUUUGGUAUUAUUAAUAUUUGAUUUUAUUUGAUGUUCUCAAUCUCAGAAUCAUUUUGUUU